GGAGCCCGCGCGCCUCAGGGAGCUGUCCGCGCGAAAAAUUAUUCUUCAUAUCUGAAAAAUCAUGUGCAAGUUAAACAGCAUCUUGGAGACUCUCGAAUUCCUGAUUUUAUUAGGAUAUUACUACUUUGAGGCUUUCAUUCUGUUUAUUUGUCCUCCAUGUAAAAAGAAUGUUGCUGGUGAAAUAGUGCUUAUUACAGGAGCUGCAAAUGGGAUUGGAAGGCAGAUUGCCUUAAAUUUUGCUCGUCUUGGGGCUACCCUGGUUUUCUGGGACAUUGAUGAAGAAGGUAACAAAGAGACGAUUAAACUAGCCAAAGAAAAUGGAGCCAAAGGAGUUUAUGCCUACAGGUGUGACUGCAGCAAUAGGGAAGAAGUCUACAGAGUGGCAGAUCAGGUUAGAAAAGAAGUUGGGGAUGUUAAUAUCCUAGUCAAUGAUGCAGGCAUAGCAAAUGUGAAAACAUUUCUUGACCUUCCAGAUGCUGAUAUGGAGAAAACUAUAAGGGUGAACGUCAUGGCCCAGUUCUGGACUUGCAAAGCCUUCCUUCCAGCUAUGAUUGCCUGUAACCGUGGACACUUGGUUAGUAUCUCAAGUGGAACUGGACUUAUUGGUGCCAAUAAACUGACAGAUUAUAGUGCAAGUAAAUUUGCAAUAAUUGGCUUUCUGGAGUCAUUAGCUUUUGAGUUGCAGGCUGCAGGAAAGAAAGGCAUUAAAACCACCAUAGUCUGUCCUUCUUUCGUAAAUACAGAAUUAUCUACGGGUAUUCGUGUCUCGAGGCCACUUUUACUUCCUAUUUUGGAUGUAGAGUAUGCAGGCAGGAAGAUUGUGGAUGCAAUUCGAGAGGAGAAGUUUUAUGUGUUCAUGCCUCUGACCAAUUGCAUUUCUGCUUUGAAAAACUUUGUACCUAAGAAAGUGCUAUUCCUUGCUGUAGAGUAUGCUGGUAUUUUCAACAAUCUGGAUGGUGUCCGAGACCAGAAGAGAAGGGACCAAAACCACACUGCUCCGAAGAUGUCUGAUACCAGCUAAUCCAAAUUCAUGUGUAACAUUUAAUGGACAUAAUGGGUUAUUUCUUCAGGUUUAUUUCUUCCUUAGAUCAAUUCUCUUCUAUAUGAUACUUUAGGUGUUUAAAGAUGUCAUAGUUGUUCUGAUAGCUGUCUGUUAAUCAGUAUUUUUCAUCCUCAACUGUUCUCUCUCGUUUCCAUCAAUACAGGCAUAUUCUCCACUCAA